AUGGCAGGCUCCCCUUCAAGUGUUCGCGGUGGUAAUAUUGGAGGAGAAGAAGAACCCCCAGUUGCACGGGCUGAGUUACGUCAACUUGGACACUCGCUAUUGGAGGCCAUGGAGAGGAUGCUCAAUGAACGUCUCCCUCCAGCGGGUGGAAGGGUGCCACAACAUAGCCCUGCCAAUUCUCAUGGUGAGGUUGAUGAUGAAAAUUCAGUGGGAAGAGCUGAAGACUACUACUUUGUCCAUCGCAGAGGUCGUGGUGGUCGCUUUGGCCAUGGUGGACAGCAUGGAGGAGGUGCUCGUGGACGUGGUUUUCUCCCCCGUGUGCACUUUGAUGAUGAAGAUUUUCACGAUAAUUCUGAUCAUGAGAUGGAAUAUGAUGACAAUGAGAACCCAUUUGCCAAUCGUGGGCUGUUUAGACAGCACCAUGACCAUCGUCGAGGUGCUGCUUAUGGUGGUUGUGAAUUGCCUCAUAAUCGUCAUAGAGCUGAACCGGACAAUCUUGCUCGAAUCAAGUUGAGUGUUCCCAAGUUUAUGGGACGAGAAGACCCUGAUGCAUACCUUGAAUGGGAGGAACAAUGUGAUCAAAUUUUCAGGGUGCAUGAUCUCUCUGAUCGGAGGCAUGUAAACCUUUCUUCCAUUGAGUUUUCAGGAUAUGCACUCACUUGGUGGAAUCAAAUUCAAGAGAAUCAGCUUGUAUUGGGGCGUGCUCAUAUUGAUACUUGGGCUGAGAUGAAGCAAGUGAUGAGAAGACGCUUUGUGCCAUCAAGUUAUCAACGUGAUCUUCGCAAUAGGUUGCAGAAUUUGAGGCAAGGAACCAAAUCGGUGGAUGAAUAUUAUAAAGAAAUGGAAUUACUCUUGGUGCGCUCUGGAAUUAGAGAGGAUGCUGAAUCAAAAAUGGCAAGAUUUUUGCAUGGUCUUAAUGCUGAAAUUUCAGGUUUUGUGGAAAUGUUUCCUUACAACACUCUCCAAAACCUUGUUGACCAAGCUAUGCGCACGGAGAGGAAGAUUCAGCAAGAAGGACGUGGGCGCUCAUUCUCUGCUGUACCAUGGCAUCGUCAACAACCCGGUACCUCAUUUGCUGGUGGACGCUCUCAAGGUGCUGCAGCUCGGAGUUCUCCCUCUAAUCCAAUUACAAAGGCUGCACCAUCUUCGGCUUCUUCACCUGCACCACGCAAUGAGAACAAGCGUCCAGCUGCAACCAUAGGGGCAACAUCUGCUGCAUCCACAUCUCACAGUCGAGAUAUUAAGUGCCACAAGUGCCAAGGGCGUGGACAUGUUGCCGCUGAAUGUCCUAGUCGAAGGACCAUGAUUGUGAAUGAGAAUAAUGAAUGGGAAUCUGCAAGCGAACCUGAAUAUGAUGAGUAUCCUGAAGAAGCACUGAAUAGUGAUGAGAAUGAGAUCCAAGCUGAUGUAGAUGACAAUAAUUGCUUCAUUUCUCGUCGAGUGCUUAGUGUGAAUGUUGGCAAAGAGGAAAAUGGGCAGCGACACAACCUUUUCCACACUCGAGGUAUAAUCAAAGACAAGUUGUGUCGAAUCAUUGUUGAUAAUGGCAGCUGCAACAACAUUGCAAGUCAAGAAUUGGUUGAAAGAAUGGGAUUAAAACAGAGGCGUCACCCUUCUCCAUACAAAAUGCAAUGGCUUACCGAUUGUGGUGCUAUGCGUGUAAGCAAUAUGGUGACCGUGCAAUUCUCUAUUGGGAAGUACCUUGAUCAAGUGGACUGCGAUGUGGUUCCAAUGCAAGCAUGCCAAUUGCUUUUGGGAAGACCUUGGUUGUAUGAUCGUGAUGCUCAAAUCUGUGAUCAUUCCAAUAAGGUUGUUUUCAUGUAUAAAGGGGAACGCAUCUCUUUGCUUCCUUUGACUCUGGAGGAAAUAAUGAAUGAUGAUCUCAAAAGAAAACAGCGAGAGAGUGAGAAACACUUGAGUGAAUCCAACAAAGCAAGUGAGAAAGAGAGUCCAAAGCCAAAUAAAACUCCACAGCCACAAAGAUCCAAAACAAUGGGAAAAGAGGGAUUAGUGAUGAUGGCUAGGAAGGGGGAUCUGAAAAUUUUGAGAGAACCUCAUGCCAUGUUCUUUGUGCUCUUGUGCAAGGACAAUCUUUUGACAACUACUGACUUACCAUCUACUUUGCCUAGUGCUGUUUUUGAUAUUUUGCAGGAGUACGAAGAUGUAUUUCCCGAUGAAGUACCACCUGGACUGCCACCAAAAAGAGGCAUUGAACAUCAAAUUGAUCUUGUACCAGGAGCUCCACUCCCGAACCGGCCACCGUACCGAACAAAUCCUGAGGAGACGAAGGAAAUUCAGCGCCAAGUGCAAGAACUCCUUGACAAAGGGUAUGUAAAAGAAAGUCUCUCACCUUGUGCUGUUCCGGUUCUUUUAGUUCCAAAGAAAGAUGGUUCAUGGCGUAUGUGUGUUGACUGCCGAGCUAUUAACAACAUAACCGUGAGGUAUAGACAUCCAAUACCUCGUCUUGAUGACAUGCUUGAUGAUCUUAGUGGUGCUAUCAUUUUCACAAAAAUUGAUUUGAGAAGUGGUUAUCACCAAUUUCGAAUGAACGAGGGUGAUGAGUGGAAAACUGCAUUCAAAACAAAAUUUGGCUUCAAAUCCCUUGAAGAACAUAUUGAACAUAUUGCUUGUGUGCUUGUUGUCUUGAGGGAAGAAAAGUUGUAUGCUAACCUUGCCAAGUGCACUUUUUGCACCGACAAGGUAGUUUUUCUUGGCUUUGUUGUUUCAGGUCAAGGUGUGGAGGUGGAUGAAGAAAAGAUCAAAGCUAUUCGUGAGUGGUUACCACCUCAAAAUGUGAGCCAAGUGAGGAGCUUCCUCGGGCUUGCUGGUUUCUACCGGCGAUUUGUUAAAAAUUUCAGCACCAUUGCAGCUCCAAUCAAUGAGUUAACAAAGAAAGAAGUGCCAUUCCAUUGGGGAGAAACACAAGAACGAGCAUUUGAAGACCUGAAAAUGAAGUUAACAACAGCACCACUCCUUGCACUUCUAGAUUUUGACUGUUCUCUUCGCAUUAUGCUUUUGCAAGAAGCACAUUCCGGUGGUCUUAUGGGGCAUUUUGGUGCCAAAAAGACUGAGCAAGAGCGUGUCAACGAAGAUGCUAGCAAGCGUGCUGACCUCGUUAAGAAGAUUCAUGAACAAGCUCGAACCAACAUUGAGGAGAUGGCAAAGACAUAUGAGAAACAUGCCAACAAAGGUCGCAAAAAGAUUGUAUUUGAACCUGGACAACUUGUUUGGGUCCAUCUACGCAAGGAACGGUUUCCCGAGCAACGCAAGUCCAAGUUGCAGCCACGAGCAGAUGGUCCUUUCAAAGUGCUCCAGUGA